AAGAUGGCGACGGGCAGGAGGCGGUGUGUGUCCUGUCAGAGACUCGGACUAACGCUAGAUUUAUAAAGUAUUAUUAACGCUGCAGGUGGAUUGUAGUAACAAUGAGUACAAUCAGAACGCUUUUCGUGCGCUUUUGUGCGCUGUCGGACUGAAGGAUGGACAAUUACAGAGUAAUAAAGAAAAUCGGAGAAGGAACGUUUUCCCAGGUGACGAAGGUACAGAGUCUGAAGGACGGGAAACAUUAUGCGUGUAAAACCAUGAAGCAGCCCAUUCCCAGUCUGGAACAGGCACACAACCUCCGUGAGGUCCAAGCCAUGAAGAGACUGAGUUUACAUCCUAAUAUCCUGCAGCUUCAUGAAGUUAUAUUUGACCAAGAUACAAGAACCUUGUCUUUGAUCUGUGAACUUAUGGAGAUGAAUAUAUAUGAGUUGAUUAGAGGAAGACAGUAUCCUUUACCUGAAAACAAAGUGAAAAUCUACAUGUAUCAGCUUUGUAAAGCUCUAGAUCAUAUGCACAGCAAUGGGAUUUUCCACAGAGACGUGAAACCAGAGAAUAUUUUAAUUAAACGUGACGUCCUGAAACUAGCAGACUUUGGCUCCUCCAGGAGUGUGUAUUGCAAACCACCUCACACAGAAUAUAUCUCCACACGCUGGUACAGAGCUCCAGAAUGUCUGCUUACAGACGGACACUACUCCCUCAAAAUGGACAUGUGGAGUGCAGGAUGUGUGUUUUUUGAAAUUCUCAGCUUGAAUCCUCUGUUCCCAGGGACUAAUGAGGUCAAUCAGGUGUCCAAGAUUCAUGAGGUUUUGGGGACACCAGACAGCACAGUUCUCCAGAAGUUCAAACAGUCUCGUGUGAUGGCGUUUGAUUUCGUGCCUCGGAAAGGCUGUGGACUUUCUCGUCUGAUCCCUCACUGCUCGGCUCCUAGCCUCUCUUUACUCUAUCAGAUGCUGGCGUAUGAUCCAGAUGAACGCAUAAGUCCACGUACAGCACUGCAGCACACCUGUUUUAGAGAUCUACGUCUGGCAGAAAGGAGAGCUUUAGGGCUCCACAGGACUUUUGGGGUUGUUGAGGAAAGCAGCAGCAGCGCGACUCCAGGAUCAGUGCAGCAGUUCUGGUGCAGCACUCGGCAGGGGAGACGGCAGCAGUUAAAGCAUGUGGCCGAACCCCUCAGCAGACACGUCUUGCCUCGUUAUCCUGUGGAGCUCCCGAAGCUCACGGUGGGAGUGAACACUCCUAAAGUGCCCUACCCCGUGUCCAGCCUGCCUGCUUUCUCUGUACCACACCAGGGGCUGCUGCCAGCCAUCACCUCCAAAAAGUGCCAUUCUCGUCCACUGAAGCCCAGGGAAGAGCCACACUGCUCAGCUUUAAAGAGCUUCUACAUGCCUCCUCUGGAGAGAAAAGGUAAAGGCUACUGACGUCCAGCCCACAAAUGCAGCUGUGUAAAUAACAACGUUCCAGAAGUGUUGGAACAUUUCGAGCAUUAAACUGUGCAGUCUGGAGAGACGCCUUCAUCCAUCACAUGACUCCUUCAUAUGACCAAAACUUUUCCAUGUAAUCAUGUACAGAUGUAUUACUAAUAUCAGAUCCAUAAUCCCCCCGUCCACGUGGCAUCAGAACACCUGGGCUGCGUCCCAAUCCAAUCGCCUUUCACCAUAAAGUGCACUUGGGAUAAAUUUCUUAAAAAAGAUCAGUGCGACUCGAUCAGAUAAACACUGUGUUCUGAUACACACGGGUUUAUUUCAGCUCUUUUACUUCUCAGGUAGAAUUAAAAGCUGAUCUUUGUAUAUAAAUGUUCAUUAAAAAACGACUAAACAGUUCAGUGACUAAUAAAUAAAACUGUAAUAAA